UAGGCGUACAUGCAAUAUCGAAGUGAUAACUUUUUUAUAUUUUAAUAAUCAUGAAUAAAAUUAACAAAUUCGAAAUAUUUUUAAAAAAUUAUAAACGUAAAAACUUAAAUUUAAAUUAUAAAAAUGAAAAAUAAAAUUAAAAUAUUAUACAAAAUAACGGAUGUGUAAUAUAAUUUCCAGACUAUAGUGUAAUCUAAUAUUUGUUCGAUUUAAUGCGUAAAAUCUGCAACGAUUUUAUAAUGUUGUAUAAGACGGGGCUACCAUGUUUUAAAGGAGCGUUAUGGUAUUUAUAGACUAUAUAUAAAUGUAGUGACUCAGUUUCGCACAAAUAAAUGUAGAAAAAGCAUAGAACCCAACAUGUGAAAAAGAAAGCAUCAAGUAGACCUUUUAAGAUUUUUUUAAAUCCAUACACAGGAGAGAAUAAUGUAAACUCGGCGACCGGUUCCAAAUAGAAAAAGGUUCACUCCGAUUGGAUGAAUGUGCAAUUGGAUUCCUCCACUGGCCUCGCUAUGUCAAGUCAAUAUUAAUGUCUUCCAUGUUCGAUUGUCCACAUUCAUAGUCCUUAAACGUCAAGCCGACCAAAAUUGUGAUCGCCGUCGUUUUUCAUCGUCCUCUCCUUAAAAUUCAACACUCAUUCAUCAUGUCUCAUUCAAUCUUCUCCACUUCUGGUUAUUAUGGCCUUGUUUCAUCGCCAUACCAACCGUGAAAAGCAGCUUCUUUUUCUCUCUUCUGUUUUCUUUCUUUUAUUGUCGCUGGCCCCAAUGGCUGCCAAUCAGUCCCUUUCAGCUCCUCUGUCAUGUAGUAAAGAUCCACCAGAGCCUGUAAUUCCCACAACCCCUUUAGUUAGUUUCCUUGAACGUGUUCAAAAAACUGCUUUGCAAACUUAUGGGAACUCAAAUUUUGACCCUAAAACCUAUGUGGACUUGUCGUUAAAGUUUAAUCUUUCAACCACUGUAGAGGCAUUUGAUAAACUUCCCAAGACUGCAAAUGGGUCAGUGCCUGUCAAAGAUUUGGAUGGGUUUAUAGGAAAGUACUUUAAAGGUGCAGGGGAGGAUGUUGUCUAUGCUGAACCAGUGGAUUUUGUACCUGAGCCUCAUGGCUUUUUGCCCAAGGUGGAGAAUCCGGAGGUGAGAGGUUGGGCAUUGGAGGUGCAUGCUUUGUGGAAGAAUUUGAGUAGGAAAGUUUCAAGCUCGGUUCAUCAUCACCCUGAAUUGCAUACUCUGCUUCCUUUGCCAGGGCCUGUUAUGAUUCCUGGUUCACGUUUCAGGGAGGUUUAUUAUUGGGAUUCUUACUGGGUUAUCAGAGGCCUGCUGGCAAGCAAAAUGUACGAGACAGCAAAAGCAAUCGUGACUAAUCUCAUUUCCUUGCUAGAUACAUAUGGUCAUGUCCUUAAUGGUGCGAGAGCCUAUUAUACCAACCGAAGCCAGCCUCCCCUCCUGAGUGCAAUGGUCUAUGAGAUAUACAAUCGAACUGGUGAUGUGGAAUUCGUGAGGAAGUCUCUCCCUCCAUUGCUUAAAGAAUAUCAAUUUUGGAACUCAGAAAUACAUGCGGUGAUUAUCUGUGAUGCUAAGCAGCGUAAUCACUCUUUAAAUCGGUAUUAUGCAAUGUGGAACAAACCCAGGCCUGAAUCAUCAACUAUUGACGAAAGAUUUGCUUCGAAGUUCUUGAAUGUUUCUGAGAAACAGCAAUUUUAUCGAGAGCUGGCUUCAACUGCUGAAUCUGGAUGGGAUUUCAGCACAAGAUGGAUGAUGAAUUCUUCUGAAUUUACUUCUUUGUCCACAACAACAAUCUUACCAGUUGAUUUAAAUAUAUUCAUACUGAGAAUGGAACUUGACAUUGCCUUCUUGGCAAAAAUUGUUGGAGAGAAUACCAUCGCUGAGGAUUUCCUGAGAGCUUCUCAGACAAGACAGAAGGCAUUCAACUCGGUUUUUUGGAAUGAAAAUAUGGGACAAUGGUUGGAUUAUUGGCUCAAUAAUGGUGCUGAUUGCGAGGAACCCCAAACUUGGGAAGCUAAGAACCAGAACCGGAACGUGUUUGCUUCAAACUUUGUUCCCUUGUGGAUUGAUUUGUUCAACUCAGAUACUCCCCUGGUGGAAAAGGUUACGAGAAGUCUUCAAAGUUCAGGCCUGCUUUGUGCUGCUGGAAUUGCAACCUCUUUGACAAAUUCAGGACAACAAUGGGACUUCCCAAAUGGUUGGGCUCCACUUCAGCACAUGAUAGUUGAAGGCUUGUCAAAAUCUGGAUCAACGGAAGCAAGAACAGUAGCAAAAGACAUUGCUGAAAGGUGGAUCAGAACCAACUAUGUUGCCUACAAGAAGACAGGAGCAAUGCAUGAGAAAUAUAAUGUGGAAAAGUGUGGUGAAUAUGGUGGUGGUGGCGAAUACAUACCCCAGACUGGUUUUGGUUGGUCCAAUGGAGUAGUGUUGGCAUUCUUGGAGGAAUUUGGGUGGCCUAAAGACAAAAAGAUAGACUGCAACUGAGCGACGAAAUGUGUUCGUGAACAUGAAUAACAAUAACAGAUGUAUUUUAUGAUUUCAAAAGUAUAAAAUAAAGCAUUGGGAUUGUUUUUGGCCAUUGUUGUGAUUUUAUAAUGUGCUUCAUCAAUUUGAGUCUCUUCAUUUGCAGUGAACGUGUGCCUGCCAACCUGCUCUUUUGGUAAAUAUAACUGAAUUGAGUUGAGCACUAAAAAUGGGAUUUCUAUAUAUUUCAAACUCGAAAACUUUAUCACUGAAGAAAAAAAAUGUGAUGGACUUUUAUCGACCAUACAUGUGAAGAAAACAAGCCCUAAGGCCUCGUUGGCUGCAGGUAUUUGACAAAGGCUUUGUUGUCUGAAAGUUGAGGGACUUUGAAGGAGGGUAUAGGUCCUAUUAUCUUACAUAUCUACUCAUCUAAGAUCAACUAGUCAUUGUUAUGAAGGGAAGGGCCUAUUGGAUUGCUCAAGGUAGGUGUCGGGUGCCUAGCCAUGUCUGCUUAUUUGUAUCAUUAAAUAUGAAAAUUAUGCUGCGCCUAACACAGUCAGUUGUAUCAUUUAAUAUUGAAAAUUGGGUGAGUGUAGAAUCUCAUUGGCACCACCCUUGUCCCA